CCUCAAAUGCCUCGUCUGAUUGGCGAUUGCCUCCUCGUCCGCCAGCGUUAAAAAGCAGCCUCGGCUCCUCCGCGCACCCGAACCGAGCCUCGCCACCAUGAUCUCCCCGCGCCCCACUCUCUCCUCCGGCUUCUUCUCCCGCUCCGCCUCCUUCUCCCGCCCCGGCUCAUUCUCCCCCUCGCCGCCCGCCUCGCCGGCCGCGCAGCCUCCGCCGCGGCUGCUCUCGGCCCCGCUCGCGCGCCAGGCCACCUUCUCCUGCUCCGCCUCCGCCGUCGCCGCGCCGGGCCGCGGCGCCUCCUCCUGCUUCUACGACGUGCUCGGCCUGGACGCCGGCGCGAGCGACGGGGAGAUCAAGGCCGCGUACCGCCGCCUGGCGCGCGCCGUCCACCCGGACGUGUCCCCGCACCCCGCCGACGACUUCAUACGCGUGCACGCCGCCUACAGCACGCUCUCCGACCCCAGCAAGCGCGCCGACUACGACCGCCGCAUGAUCAUGAUCCCCUCCGCCGUCGCCCGCCGCAGCGCCCCGAACCUCGCCCGCUCGCCGUCGUUCCCCGGGUGCCGCCGCCGCACCUGGGAGACCGACCAGUGCUGGUGAUCGACCGCCCGCCGUCCGCCCCGACCAGCGCUCACGCAGGUCCCUGACGCUUUCGGCCGGAGUGGCCUCCGGCUGGUUCCCCGGGCGGUUAGAAAUGCAAAGGUUACCGCGGCCACUAGGCUCACUUGCAGUGGUGGCCGGGUCACUACGCUUCUAGUAGAAUAAACAGUGUACUCUGUUAUUAGCACAACGUACAAUUAGUCUCACACUUCGCUGUGGCUUGUAUAUGUAUAUAUAGAAAAACAAAAGAUGGAUGUAUGGCGUCGUGUGCGACGUCCGUCUAUUUUGAAGUCUA